AUGCCGAUAAAAGUCCACUCCUGGAAACUUCCCCCAACGCCCCUCAUUCCGAAUUCGCCUUAUCCGCUGCUGCACUACCCUGGACUUCUCUAUGACCUCGUAACAUCACCGACUUUCAAGACAGCUGAGAUCCUUGACUUGUAUGCAUCCAACGGCUGGCAAACCCAAUGGAUAGCGCAGUAUGGAUUAGAUAUCCAAUCGCACUACCACUCCACCACGCACGAAGCCAUGACCGUUAUCUCAGGCCAAGGCGCUACAAUUCGUUUCGGCGUCGCUGAUUCCGCGACUUGGGAACAAGGGAGAUACAAACCGGGUGAGAGGGGAGAUGGUGAGGAAGGGGGCGUAGAGAUCCAAGCGGGCUUAGGGGAUGUUUUCAUCAUUCCCGCGGGAGUUAGUCACAAAACCUUCCUGCCCAACCCACACAACGAGGAACUAGCAUUCCACCAACCAAAGGACGUGGAAGAGGGGCGGGCGGCGGAGAUUGAUGAGACGAAAGAGGCAGAGAGGAGGAAAUAUUUCGAAGGUGUGGAUAUUACGGGCGGGAAGUUUAUGAUGAUGGGUGCGUAUCCUUAUGGGGGUGUUUGGGACUUCAAGGUUGGAGGCGAACAUGAGGGGAUGGAGGAGGAAGUGUGGAGGGUUCGGAUGCCAAGUAAGGAUCCGGUGGUGGGGGAUAGCGAGGAGGGGUUGAUAGGACUGUGGAGGGGGGAGGAGGAGGGUGGUGGAGUGUUGAUGGGUUGA